UUCCACAUUGUUUAGCUACCCUUUCUAUAAAUAGCAGCACCACUGCUUCACUUCUUACGAAACCCAAAACAGGAAACCAAGGAAAAAAAGGAAAACAAAAGAGCACCCCGGAAAGAGAAAGAACAAGAAAAGACAAAAUGAAGAGUCCGACUACACUGCUAGCCGUCUCCUUCCUUCUCUUUCUAUUUACAACGAAGCCAAUGCUCGGCUCUGAACUCCGACCAGUUGUCGACGUCGACGGCGAGCCACUUCGCUACGGCGUUGAUUACUUCGUGGUGUCAGCCAUCAGAGGCGCCGGUGGUGGUGGGUUGAGCUUAGCCGGAAUUUCCUGUCCGCUCAGCGUGAAACAAGAACGAAUUGACUUGAUGAGAGGCAUACCAGUCAAAUUCUUAGCGGUCGACGUUGUGGGUGACAACGUUGUUCGUGAAUCUACUGAUUUAAAUGUGAAGUUUAAUAUCCAGAUCCAAUGCGAGGAGGCGACUGUGUGGAGAGUUGGUCGGUUUGAGGGUUUAGCAGAAUGGGUAGUGAGGCUCGGAGGAGUUGAAGGUUACCAUGGACCUGGAACUGCUGAUAGCUUGUUUAAGAUCCAGAGAGCAGGUGGACCGUCGUCUUCCUAUCUGUUUAGGUUUUGUCCUUCGAAGCCUAGAACCUUUUUGAUUCCUUGUGGUGAUGUCGGUGUUCAUUCAGACCCUGCUGGAAUAAGGCGUCUGGUGUUGAGCGACUCUGCAAAAACUUUUGUGUUCGUCAGAGCUGAUAGGGUGAUCAGGGAUGAUGGAGAAAUUGUCAUGUGAGGUGCAGUAAUAUAAGUUAUCACUGUAGUAUGUAUUAAAAUAAAUUCCUACAUAUAUAUAUAUAUAUGUAUGUACGGGAAGGCAAUGAUAAUGGUGUAAAAGAAUAAAGCAACUGCAUAGCAGUGCUGUGGUGGUGUAGCAGCUCAACAACUGUGUGGAGUGUAAAAGGAGAAACGACAUCGUUUUAUAUUAUUUUUCAUUUUUGAAAAAUGGCUUUUCGU